CCGUGUGGACACAUGACCGUGCACGGACAUUCGAGAUCUCCAUCAAUAUCUCCCCCCACCCUUCCCAAUCGAUCUUAACUCUGAUGACUUCAUAUUCAUCUUUCUUUCCACCAAAUUAAACCAACCCAUUUCAAUAAAUAUCCUGACUUCAAUUCUGGGUACCUCUUACUUUCUUAAUUUAGUAACAAAAUCAAAAUCUUUCACCACCAAUUUUAGAAAAAGCUAAAAAGUUGACUUUUAUUUUCUAAAAAAAAUCUUGAACUAGCAAAACAUGAUGGAAGAACAAGAUAGUGCUAUUAAUAGUAAUAAUAUAAUUAAGAGAAGAGAAGGAGGAGUAAAUGGGAACUUAAUAUGUAGACCAAUAAAUUGGUUUAGAAUGUUAAGUGAAGAAUUAAGUUGGAGAUUUGUAUUGGCAGUAGUGAUUGUGUAUGGAAUAAAUCAGGGUACAAGUAUAGGCUUGUAUAAAGUCAGUGUACAAUAUUAUAUGAAAGAUGUUCAGAAGUUACAGCCUUCAGAAGCACAGUUUUAUUCUGGGAUUAUUCAAAUUCCUUGGCUUAUUAAACCUCUUUGGGGUCUUAUGACUGAUAUUGUUCCCAUUUUUCGAUUAAGAAGGCGCCCGUAUUUCAUUUUUGCUGGUUUAGUUGGUUCCAUUUCCAUGCUAGUACCGGCGUUUAGCACAAACCUGCCACUUGUAUGGGCUAUUUUGUCUUUCAUGACAGCAAGUGCAGGGGUCGCUAUAGCGGAUGUAACUAUCGAUGCUUGUGUUACCGAGAACAGUAUAAAGCAUCCUUCUCUUGCUGGUGACAUGCAGAGCUUGUGUGGAGUUAGCUCCUCUAUAGGUCAACUUGUUGGGUUUGCAUUGAGUGGUGUUCUUGUUCAUAUGAUUGGAUCCCAGGGUGUUUUUGGAGUACUAAGUAUCCCUGCUGGGCUGGUCAUUCUGGUUGGGAUGAUGUUGCAAGAACCCCUUGUCCAUGCUUAUUCUCACAAGCGGGUAAGCCAAAAGUUUCUUGAUGCUAUUAAAACCAUGGUGACGGCCAUGAAAUCUCCAGAUGUUUGGAGACCAUGUUUGUAUAUGUAUGUAUCACUUGCAUUGGGGGUAAGCAUUCAUGAAGGAAUGUUCUAUUGGUACACUGAUGCCAAAUCAGGCCCAUCCUUCUCCCAGGAGAUUAUUGGAUCAAUAUUUUCAGUAGGUGCAGUUGGGGCCCUUUUGGGUGUUAUUCUUUACCAAAAUGUAUUCAGAAGCCAUCCCUUCCGCAAUGUACUGCUUUGGACCCAGUUGCUAUAUGGUGGUUCAAGUCUACUGGAUUUGGCAUUAGUGUUACGUCUAAAUUUAAAAUUUGGUGUAUCAGAUUAUAUUUUUGUAGUAAUGGACGAAGCGGUUUCUAAAAUGAUUGGACGUCUCAAAUGGCUGCCUCUUCUUGUUCUUAGUUCCAAGUUAUGUCCCUCUGGAAUCGAAGGCACUUUCUUUGCUCUCCUAAUGUCAAUAGAUCAUUUGGGGACACUUACAUCUUCGUGGGCUGGAAGUCUCUUACUCCAUGCCUUGAAUGUCACGAGAACACGAUUUGAUAAUUUAUGGGUUGCCAUUUUGAUUAGGAGUUUUGCGAGAGUUCUUCCAAUCGGGCUUCUUUUUCUGGUGCCUAGAAGUGAUCCAAAUUCAUCUAUUCUUCCAUCUGAAUUGUUGACGAUUAAGAAGGAAGAUGAUGUAUUUGAGACAGAUAAUUUGGAAAUGAUCUCUUUGAUUAACAAUAGCAAUUGAUCAAUAUACGGUUUUCUCAUGGAUGGAGAUCGUAGAUGAGAACUAAAACAGAAGACCAUUCUGCAAGUGCAUUUGAACAGAUACAACCAGGUGGGAAUGAAGCAGGGUGUGUCUUGUCUGCAAUUUUCUUCAUGUACUAGAUUCAAAACAUUCAGCUUACACACUAACAAAAAUUGGAAAUUGCAUACAUACAUUAUAUUUACAAUGUAUGAUGACCAAACUUUUAGAGCAUGAUUGAUGUUUAAAAAUGAGAGAGUAUUGAUAUGAA